GUUUACGUGUUUUAUCAGCCAACCACGCACCCAGUUAUCCCGUAUGUCCAGUUUGAAACCCUUUAUUGAUCAGAAAGUUGUGGUUAUCACAACCGACGGGAGACUAUUUAUAGGGCUCUUGAAGGGUUACGACAAUUCCACAAACAUUAUAUUGGCAUCGUCGUUUGAGCGAAUUAUACAUCCUGACGACUCCCCGGAGUCCAUUGACCUAGGGCUUUACAUGAUUCGGGGGGACACGGUCGUGUGCAUCGGAGAGGUGGAUGUGGAAAUCGAAGACGAUACGAAAUGGGAUGAAAUCCGCGGGGAAGCACUAAAAAGCACCAAAAAUCCAUUAUAACCGCUACAUUACCUGUAUACUAGCAUGAAACACUGUUCAUAUUACCUGUCGCUUUGAUGAAAGUACCUGUUCACCAAAAACCCCUGUAAGAAAUAUCUUGGAUUAUACAGCUAUGGGUAUAAUCCAUCAGAAUCCAACUUACCCAUAUGAAAGGUGAAAUAUCCUUCAAUGUACCUAGAUAUGGAUAUGCCAUACCCUGAGCUCUACGCAUCCCUUGACUCAGACACACAAUUUACUUCACCGAUGAAUAUAGCCAUUCAACUUACAAUCUAUAUAGAGACAUCGCCCAUUCACUCUAUAGAAUAAUAC